AUGCAGCCAUGCAUGCACGCCUGGCAGCAGGUGGUGCCUCCCCCUCGCUGCGAUGAAGGUGGGCACGGAGGAGGGCAGCAGGUGGUGCCUCCCCCUCGCUGCGAUGAAGGUGGGCACGGAGGAGGGCAGCAGGUGGUGCCUCCCCCUCGCUGCGAUGAAGGUGGGCACGGAGGAGGGCAGCAGGUGGGGUGGUGCCUCCCCCUCGCUGCGAUGAAGGUGGGCACGGAGGAGGGCAGCAGGUGGUGCCUCCCCCUCGCUGCGAUGAAGGUGGGCACGGAGGAGGGCAGCAGGUGGUGCCUCCCCCUCGCUGCGAUGAAGCAGGUGGUGCCUCCCCCUCGCUGCGAUGAAGGUGGGCACGGAGGAGGGCAGCAGGUGGUGCCUCCCCCUCGCUGCGAUGAAGGUGGGCACGGAGGAGGGCAGCAGGUGGUGCCUCCCCCUCGCUGCGAUGAAGGUGGGCACGGAGGAGGGCAGCAGGUGGUGCCUCCCCCUCGCUGCGAUGAAGGUGGGCACGGAGGAGGGCAGCAGGUGGUGCCUCCCCCUCGCUGCGAUGAAGGUGGGCACGGAGGAGGGCAGCAGGUGGUGCCUCCCCCUCGCUGCGAUGAAGGUGGGCACGGAGGAGGGCAGCAGGUGGUGCCUCCCCCUCGCUGCGAUGAAGGUGGGCACGGAGGAGGGCAGCAGGUGGUGCCUCCCCCUCGCUGCGAUGAAGGUGGGCACGGAGGAGGGCAGCAGGUGGUGCCUCCCCCUCGCUGCGAUGAAGGUGGGCACGGAGGAGGGCAGCAGGUGGUGCCUCCCCCUCGCUGCGAUGAAGGUGGGCACGGAGGAGGGCAGCAGGUGGUGCCUCCCCCUCGCUGCGAUGAAGGUGGGCACGGAGGAGGGCAGCAGGUGGUGCCUCCCCCUCGCUGCGAUGAAGGUGGGCACGGAGGAGGGCAGCAGGUGGUGCCUCCCCCUCGCUGCGAUGAAGGUGGGCACGGAGGAGGGCAGCAGGUGGUGCCUCCCCCUCGCUGCGAUGAAGGUGGGCACGGAGGAGGGCAGCAGGUGGUGCCUCCCCCUCGCUGCGAUGAAGGUGGGCACGGAGGAGGGCAGCAGGUGGUGCCUCCCCCUCGCUGCGAUGAAGGUGGGCACGGAGGAGGGCAGCAGGUGGUGCCUCCCCCUCGCUGCGAUGAAGGAGGGCAGCAGGUGGUGCCUCCCCCUCGCUGCGAUGAAGGUGGGCACGGAGGAGGGCAGCAGGUGGUGCCUCCCCCUCGCUGCGAUGAAGGUGGGCACGGAGGAGGGCAGCAGGUGGUGCCUCCCCCUCGCUGCGAUGAAGGUGGGCACGGAGGAGGGCAGCAGGUGGUGCCUCCCCCUCGCUGCGAUGAAGAUGGGCACGGAGGAGGGCAGCAGGUGGUGCCUCCCCCUCGCUGCGAUGAAGGUGGGCACGGAGGAGGGCAGCAGGUGGUGCCUCCCCCUCGCUGCGAUGAAGGUGGGCACGGAGGAGGGCAGCAGGUGGUGCCUCCCCCUCGCUGCGAUGAAGGUGGGCACGGAGGAGGGCAGCAGGUGGUGCCUCCCCCUCGCUGCGAUGAAGGUGGGCACGGAGGAGGGCAGCAGGUGGUGCCUCCCCCUCGCUGCGAUGAAGGUGGGCACGGAGGAGGGCAGCAGGUGGUGCCUCCCCCUCGCUGCGAUGAAGGUGGGCACGGAGGAGGGCAGCAGGUGGUGCCUCCCCCUCGCUGCGAUGAAGGUGGGCACGGAGGAGGGCAGCAGGUGGUGCCUCCCCCUCGCUGCGAUGAAGGUGGGCACGGAGGAGGGCAGCAGGUGGUGCCUCCCCCUCGCUGCGAUGAAGGUGGGCACGGAGGAGGGCAGCAGGUGGUGCCUCCCCCUCGCUGCGAUGAAGGUGGGCACGGAGGAGGGCAGCAGGUGGUGCCUCCCCCUCGCUGCGAUGAAGGUGGGCACGGAGGAGGGCAGCAGGUGGUGCCUCCCCCUCGCUGCGAUGAAGGUGGGCACGGAGGAGGGCAGCAGGUGGUGCCUCCCCCUCGCUGCGAUGAAGGUGGGCACGGAGGAGGGCAGCAGGUGGUGCCUCCCCCUCGCUGCGAUGAAGGUGGGCACGGAGGAGGGCAGCAGGUGGUGCCUCCCCCUCGCUGCGAUGAAGGUGGGCACGGAGGAGGGCAGCAGGUGGUGCCUCCCCCUCGCUGCGAUGAAGGUGGGCACGGAGGAGGGCAGCAGGUGGUGCCUCCCCCUCGCUGCGAUGAAGGUGGGCACGGAGGAGGGCAGCAGGUGGUGCCUCCCCCUCGCUGCGAUGAAGGUGGGCACGGAGGAGGGCAGCAGGUGGUGCCUCCCCCUCGCUGCGAUGAAGGUGGGCACGGAGGAGGGCAGCAGGUGGUGCCUCCCCCUCGCUGCGAUGAAGGUGGGCACGGAGGAGGGCAGCAGGUGGUGCCUCCCCCUCGCUGCGAUGAAGGUGGGCACGGAGGAGGGCAGCAGGUGGUGCCUCCCCCUCGCUGCGAUGAAGGUGGGCACGGAGGAGGGCAGCAGGUGGGGUGGUGCCUCCCCCUCGCUGCGAUGAAGGUGGGCACGGAGGAGGGCAGCAGGUGGUGCCUCCCCCUCGCUGCGAUGAAGGUGGGCACGGAGGAGGGCAGCAGGUGGUGCCUCCCCCUCGCUGCGAUGAAGGUGGGCACGGAGGAGGGCAGCAGGUGGUGCCUCCCCCUCGCUGCGAUGAAGGUGGGCACGGAGGAGGGCAGCAGGUGGUGCCUCCCCCUCGCUGCGAUGAAGGUGGGCACGGAGGAGGGCAGCAGGUGGUGCCUCCCCCUCGCUGCGAUGAAGGUGGGCACGGAGGAGGGCAGCAGGUGGUGCCUCCCCCUCGCUGCGAUGAAGGUGGGCACGGAGGAGGGCAGCAGGUGGUGCCUCCCCCUCGCUGCGAUGAAGGUGGGCACGGAGGAGGGCAGCAGGUGGUGCCUCCCCCUCGCUGCGAUGAAGGUGGGCACGGAGGAGGGCAGCAGGUGGUGCCUCCCCCUCGCUGCGAUGAAGGUGGGCACGGAGGAGGGCAGCAGGUGGUGCCUCCCCCUCGCUGCGAUGAAGGUGGGCACGGAGGAGGGCAGCAGGUGGUGCCUCCCCCUCGCUGCGAUGAAGGUGGGCACGGAGGAGGGCAGCAGGUGGUGCCUCCCCCUCGCUGCGAUGAAGGUGGGCACGGAGGAGGGCAGCAGGUGGUGCCUCCCCCUCGCUGCGAUGAAGGUGGGCACGGAGGAGGGCAGCAGGUGGUGCCUCCCCCUCGCUGCGAUGAAGGUUGGCACGGAGGAGGGCAGCAGGUGGUGCCUCCCCCUCGCUGCGAUGAAGGUGGGCACGGAGGAGGGCAGCAGGUGGUGCCUCCCCCUCGCUGCGAUGAAGGUGGGCACGGAGGAGGGCAGCAGGUGGUGCCUCCCCCUCGCUGCGAUGAAGGUGGGCACGGAGGAGGGCAGCAGGUGGUGCCUCCCCCUCGCUGCGAUGAAGGUGGGCACGGAGGAGGGCAGCAGGUGGUGCCUCCCCCUCGCUGCGAUGAAGGUGGGCACGGAGGAGGGCAGCAGGUGGUGCCUCCCCCUCGCUGCGACAGGAACAAGAGAAAAGGCAGCAGGUGGGCACGGAGGAGGGCAGCAGGUGGUGCCUCCCCCUCGCUGCGACAGGAACAAGAGAAAAGGCAGCAGGUGGGCACGGAGGAGGGCAGCAGGUGGUGCCUCCCCCUCGCUGCGACAGGAACAAGAGAAAAGGCAGCAGGUGGGCACGGAGGAGGGCAGCAGGUGGUGCCUCCCCCUCGCUGCGACAGGAACAAGAGAAAAGGCAGCAGGUGGGCACGGAGGAGGGCAGCAGGUGGUGCCUCCCCCUCGCUGCGACAGGAACAAGAGAAAAGGCAGCAGGUGGGCACGGAGGAGGGCAGCAGGUGGUGCCUCCCCCUCGCUGCGACAGGAACAAGAGAAAAGGCAGCAGGUGGGCACGGAGGAGGGCAGCAGGUGGUGCCUCCCCCUCGCUGCGAUGAAGUCUGAGAGCGUGCUUGGCUCCAUCACCACGAGCCCCGUCGUCUGGGCGAGAAGAAAGAGAUCCGCGACCUGGGUGUGGGAGAAGCAAGACAGGAACAAGAGAAAAGGCAGCAGGUGGGCACGGAGGAGGGCAGCAGGUGGUGCCUCCCCCUCGCUGCGACAGGAACAAGAGAAAAGGCAGCAGGUGGGCACGGAGGAGGGCAGCAGGUGGUGCCUCCCCCUCGCUGCGACAGGAACAAGAGAAAAGGCAGCAGGUGGGCACGGAGGAGGGCAGCAGGUGGUGCCUCCCCCUCGCUGCGAUGAAGUCUGA